AUGGGUGUAUUCAAUGCGCUGGUCAGCGGAUCGUUCCUACCGUGGAAGCGAAGUAACCGCGAAACCGACUACGAAACGGUACUGUCUCGUCUCGAAGGGGAGAUCAACACGGUUCAAUCUCGACUGACUCAAAUCCGGCUGCGCGAACGAAGGGCUUCAGUGACACUUACCCUACAGGCAUUCGUUCUGUGGGCGAUGUACACAUCGGUGUGCUGGUUCUUGGGGCUUUUCUCGCUGCCAAGAACACAUGGUUGGGACGCAGAGGUAGGAUGGAAGAACGCCAGAAUGCUCAGCGUCUGGUUGCCAGUGUUAGGCAGCCCCGUGCUGAUCCUCUCGACGAGAAGAAUCGUCAGGUGGUGGUAUAGGAGGAUCGGUGCCGCCGAGGACAAGCACUUGAUCGACCUGAAAAGGCAAAAGCGCGAAAAGAUCGACGAAAUCAAACGCGCUACCAAGUACGACCAUCUGCGGACACUGCUCGAAAGGUACGAUGAGGCAGGUGCCAAACCGACUAUCGUCAACGCUCGCGCUUCCGCUUCCGCUUCCGCUGCCUCGACACCGAUAAAGGGAACGAAUAGAUCCAUGUCAAGCUCACCGUCUUCCAAGGAGGACUCUUCCGCAAACGCAACUCCUCAACGCGCGCCAACAACACCUGAAGCACAAGCACUCCAAGCUCAGCGUAUGGCGUUCAUGAGACAGCAAGCAAAUGCAGUGCAACCACCUCGACGCUCGCCACCUGCAGCUAUGGUGCCGAUGCAGAAGACAUGGUUGGACAAAUUGGCCGAUGCUAUCCUCGGCGCCGAUCCUACUGUGACCGGGCCCGAGCAGAAGUACGCUCUGAUCUGCGCGCGCUGUCACGCACACAACGGUUUGGCGCUCAAACAAGAGUUCAGCGAGGUGCAGUACAUCUGCCCUCACUGCGCCCACUUUAACUCUCGUCGUCCCAGCUCAGCACCCGUCGGAUCGCCGUUCAACAGCAACAAUCCUGGUGGCGCGCGCGGUACGCCAAGAGCAUCACAUCAAGCUGUGCAUGCAUUGGUGGAUACAACGCCGUCCAAGCCGAGCAGCACCGAAAGGGGAAGCAGACUCAAGCUGCGUGCAGAUGACAGCGACGAUGACGACGACGACGACGACGACGAGGAUCGGCCGCCCAUCGCGACACUACAAGAGAGCCGCGAGCCCAUCUCGAUCAACAGCGAAGCGCCAGAUGCUAAGGAGCAGAGCACCAUGCCGUUGCGUUCACGAAAGUCACAUACGAACACGAGCGAGAACAGCAUGGACAUGGACGAUGACUGA